AUGCCUUUCCCAAAACUCCCUCCAAGAGCCGCCUACAUCAAACUCUCAAACCCCACCAAGCGCAACGCCCUCAGCAUCCCCGUGCUCAGAGACCUCAAGUCCCAGCUCGACAGCGCCCUCACGCUGCGACCCAGCGGGCGAGCAGGCCUGCUCCCCAGAUUCCUCCCUGGCAUUCUCAAAGAGCUCGAACAAGCGUCUCAAGAACAAGAUCGAACGUCGGAGGAAUGGAGGAGGUGGGACUGGCUCGUCAGCGCAUCUGAAUGGAAGAAACAGCGUGCCGGUUUACCUGAUGUUCUCGUCCUCAGAAGCGAAGGGCCUGUUUUCUCAUCAGGUCACGAUCUCAAGGAGCUGUCGCAGAUGAGUCGGGAAGAUGUCAAGACUCUGUUUGACCUCUGUACCCAAGUCAUGAUGACUAUUCGGAGGAGUCCCGUGCCGAUCGUUUGUCCGAUCCAAGGCCUCGCCACAGCAGCUGGGUUCCAACUCGCCAUGAGCACCGACUUCCCCAUUGCUCUGCCAGACACGCAAUUUGCCCUCCCAGGCGCAAAGAUCGGAUUACCGUGCACUAGUCCCUCAACAGCAAUUUCACGGCGUUUCCCCCCUGGCACAACAUACCGAAUGCUCGCGACGGCAGAACCAAUAAAGGCAUCGGACUACCCAGAGGCCGUCGACGUUGUCAAAGUCUUACCGGGGCAAGAUCCUGAGGAAGCUCUGGAGAAGCGUGUAGUAGACGUGGUUGAGCGGAUGCUUUUGAUGUCGCCGCCGCAGCAGGCUGUAGGGAAAUGGGCGUACUGGACGCAGUUUGGAUUUGGGAGGACGUGGGGUGAUGGGUAUGAGCAGGCUGCUCAGUGGGCGGCUAGGGUCAUGGCGUUGCAUGCGAGGAGUGAGGAUGCGAAGGAGGGUGUUGCUGCAUUUUUGGAGAAGAGGGAACCUGUUUGGAUAAGCAGUGGUGAUCAUGAGGCCCCCGCAACUGAAGUCACUGAUACGGUUACCGACGAUGCUUCUUCUUCAAUUGAGGCUGAUGUCAGUGGUACUGAGGCUGGUGAAUCCACACUUGAGAACCAAACGCCCGAGACCGAUGUCGACGGUGCUACCACAACAGAACGUAGCUAG